CAUGGCCAUGGACGCCGGCGCGCUGCAGCUCCUCGCCGCAGCCGUUGCCAUCGUCGUCUUCGCGGCGGUGUUCAGAUGGUUCCUCGCGGGGCGCGCGGCUGGGGGCCGGAAGCAGAGGCCGCGGCUGCCGCCGGGGAGCACGGGGCUGCCCCUGAUCGGCGAGACGCUGCGGCUCAUCUCGGCCUACAAGACGCCCAACCCGGAGCCCUUCAUCGACGAGCGCGUGGCGCGGCACGGCGGCGUCUUCACCACCCACAUCUUCGGCGAGCGCACCGUCUUCUCCGCCGACCCGGCCUUCAACCGCCUCCUCCUCGCCGCCGAGGGCCGCGCCGUCAGCUGCAGCUACCCGUCCUCCAUCACCACGCUCCUCGGCGCGCGCUCCCUGCUCCUCACCCGCGGCGCCGCGCACAAGCGCCUCCACUCCCUCACCCUCACCCGCCUCGGCCGCCCCGCCUCGCCGCCCCUCCUCGCGCACAUCGACCGCCUCGUCCUCGCCACCAUGCGCCAGUGGGAGCCCGCAGCCACCGUGCGCCUCCUCGACGAGGCCAAGAAGAUCACCUUCAACCUCACCGUCAAGCAGCUCGUCAGCAUCGAGCCGGGGCCAUGGACCGAGAGCCUCCGCCGCGAGUACGUCAAGCUCAUCGACGGCUUCUUCUCCAUCUCCUUCCCUUUUGCAUCGCUCCUCCCCUUCACCACCUACGGCCAGGCCCUCAAGUCGAGGAAGAAGGUGGCCGGAGCGCUGAGGGAGGUCAUAAGGAAGAGGAUGGAGGAUCGAACACAGGACAGUUGUGGAGCGCCGGAGGAUGCAGACGUCAAGAGGGAGAAGAAGGACAUGGUGGAGGAGCUUCUCCAGGCGGAGGGCGGGAGCUUCUCCGAGGAGGAGAUGGUGGACUUCUGCCUCUCCUUGCUCGUUGCUGGCUACGAGACCACGUCCGUCCUCAUGACCGUCGCCGUCAAGUUCCUCACCGAGACGCCGGCGGCGCUGGCACAGCUCAAGGAAGAGCAUGAAAAUAUGACAAGGAUGAAGGGCGAAAACCAACCCCUAGAGUGGAGCGAUUACAAGUCGAUGACAUUCACCCAAUGUGUGAUAAAUGAGUCACUUCGUGUGGCUAACAUUAUUAGUGGCGUCUUCAGACGAGCAAACACUGAUAUUCAUUUCAAUGGCUACACUAUUCCGAAGGGCUGCAAAAUUUUCGCUUCAUUCCGAGCUGUUCAUCUAAAUACCGAGCACUACGAGAACGCCAGGGUUUUUGACCCUUGGAGAUGGCAGAGCAACAAUAAACUUCAGAAUGAGGUAGGGGCGAACCUAUUCACUCCGUUUGGUGGUGGGCCUCGGUUGUGCCCUGGCUAUGAGCUUGCCCGUGUUGUCAUCUCCGUUUUCCUCCAUCAUCUUGUAAUGCGCUUUAGCUGGGAAGCGGCUGAGGAAGAUAGGCUUGUCUUCUUUCCCACCACUCGAAUCCUGAAAGGAUAUCCCAUCAAUCUCAGGCGAAGAUCGUAAUCAGUUUGCUGAGCCCACAUCGGUCUUCAGCUGCUCCUAUCUUGAAAGCAAAAUUAAACAUAGAUGAAGAGAAAAUAAAUCAGUAAUAGCUAGUCUACUUUUGGUGCGUUUUAGUUUUGUGUAUCCUUUGUAACCUGGUACGUCACAACAGCAAGUUGUGCUGCUUGUAUAAUAUGUGGCCUAAACA